AUGGCGGACGACAUGGACACUUUCAAUCCAUUUGAGAAAGAAGAUGACGGCGAGGAAGGUGAAGCUGUGUUGCCAGAUGUAAGUUCAUAUCCAAAAGAAAACAGUGAUUUUUAUUUUAAUUCGAUGUUAGAUUUCAUCUCGUGAGCUAGUUGCUCCACAAACAAACAUGAAUCUGAAAUUUUAUAACCCGUUACUGAUCGUUAAAUAUGCUUAAGUUAAAAGUACCUAAGCAAAUCUUUGAGAAGGUUUGAGGAAACACUCAUGUUAGAGUAUAAUGUUUUCUCUUACUGGAUUAGCUGUAACUGACCGCUGUUCACACAGUUUUUCCGGUGUGGGCCAGACAGGUUACACAAGGUCUUUUUAAACAGGUUUAGGCUUCAUCUUUGGAGCAAAAGUAAUAAUUGUAAUUUUAAUUUGUUUAUCCACGGAGCACAUAGAAAUUCUUAAGAACUCGUUGAAAUGCGUCCGUGCAUUCCAGAUCGAAUUUGAAUUUGGAAGUGUCAAGGUUUUUAAGGCGAGGGGAAAAUUGGAGUACCUGAAGAAAAACGUCUCAUAGCAAAGGAGAGAACCAACAACUAACUCAACCCAGGGUUCUCAAUAGAUUUUUAAGUAGGAGGUGAUCACUGAUAAAGUAGGAGGCUCUUCAGCAAAGCCAGAGGUGUCAAAACAAAGCAAAGAAAAGCGACUUAAACACAAAACUAAAUCCCCCACAUCAAUGGCGUUGAUGCCAGGAUUUGAGAACCCUGUCAACCCACAUAUGGCGUUGAUGCCAGGAUUUGAACCCUGGCCACAUUGUUGGAAGGUGAGUGUUCUCACCACUGUGUCACCCCCCGGGCUCCCCAAAGAAUAAGGUGGAUAUAAAUGAUGUACGUCAGUUAUAACCCGCUGCCUAAGAAACAGAGUUAACUGUGCUCUGUGAAGAGUUGGCCAUUGGUGGAGACGUAUAAAACGAGCGUGAAAAAAGUGGCAGCAGUUGUAGAGAGGGGGACAUUCUGCAUAUUUAAUAAUUCUUUGCAAAGCAAGAUUUAUAAAUUUCUUGGAGUUUAUGUCACAUUAGGAUUGUCCAGUCCAAUAAAAAUAAUGCUGGAUUUGGCCACUGGUAGCUGGACCAAAGGACCAAAAUUCUCAUGUGACCUAAAAACUUAAUUCGCCAGAACACUAUAAGCUUAUCACUUAUGGCACAGCGUCAUCAUAAUUAGUUGGAGCAAACAUUUUUAUAGCAAUUGCUGCUGAUACCACUGGCAAGUGCUAGAAUAUAAAUGGAUUAAGAUUGGGAAAUAAGAGGAAACAAAAUAGGGCAAUUAAAAAAGGGCAAUCAAAAAGCUUAGGGACGCUACUGCAAGUAAGACUUGACCGAUUGCAAGAUGUAAGAGAUGAUGCCAGUAUUCAGAAUGGAGGGAGGGAGGCAAAAUACAAAAAUGAUUUACAGAUCUUCUUUACAAUAAGUAAGGCAGCUAAACAAAUAAAAUAACCUUUUCAUAUACAUGUAGUUAGACACAUGUUAAGCCAAUGCUAAGACAUUGGUUGAUGCCGUACACUUGUACGAUAGUAUUACAGAAACACACUCUCCAAACAACAAGAUGUAAAUAAAGGUAUUUAUUACCUUUAGCCAUACAGACUGUUUGUUACAAGAUACUGUUGCAAUAUGGGUUGCGAAAUUGACCUUGACACUUGUUUGUAUCAACUGCUCUUUUGAGAUGACAAGACAUGAUUGUAUUAAUGGCUCAUUAUGUCUAGUUGGUGCAUGGUUUGCACAACACUAGCAAUCCUGAGAUAGCUCUGGUGUGUUAUGCUCCUUUAAUCUACCAUGAAAAGUCAUGGACUCUUCAGAACAAGAAGAAAUAGUAAUCAAACGUACUAAAUUAUGUGUUUGCUAAUAAAUGUUGUCAGAUGGAACAAUAUUACAAUGUGUUAUGCAUGUACAUUAUACAUGUUCUGGCUACUGAAACAUUAACAAACUUUGAUUCUUACGCUCAUCUUUUAAAAAUAUAAUAUGAUCACCAAAAAAAUGUUGUGAUUUAUUUUUUCAAUUCCUUGAGCAGAGUCCAGCAGGAGCAGACAAGACAGUACACUCUGUUGAUUUGGACUCCUCAACCUUAGAUCAAAGUGCAGCAUUCCUGGAGUCUUUUAAGAUGGGAGGAUAUGAUGAAAUGACUCAAGUGAAAGAUUUGCAUGUGACUGUUGAUGAUCCUGAGAAGCAUGUUGGAGGAUAUGUCAGUUACAAUGUCACUACCAAGGUAUAAAGGUUUUGCAAGAAUUAGAAUCAUUAAAAUUUUCAAGAAUUUGAUUUGUGGUCUACAGCUGUGCAAAGAAAUAUAUAUUUAUAGUCUGUAGAUUUUUGAAGUAAACUGACUCUUUUAGUCAAUGACCCAGGUUGUUGAUGUGAAUGUGUGGUUAAUGAGAACUAAAGUUAACAUGAAGAUGUUCAUGUUCCUUGUAUUACAGACCACAAGAGGACAAUUUGAUCACCCAGAAUAUAGUGUAAGAAGAAGAUAUCAAGAUUUCCUUUGGCUGAGGCAAAGACUUGAAGAGAGCUACCCCACUCACAUUGUUCCUGUAAGCAGCUUUUCAUAGUCAGCCUCCUGCAUUGUUUGAAUGUAAAAAAAAAGGUUCCUAAUAGACGAGAAUGGUAAAGCCAUAUGCAGGCUAGUAAUCUAUUGUUGUUAUUGGAGGGAAGCUGUCCAGAAAAUGUUCUCAGUGACUCUGACAUGGACAUUUGGACAACAAGAGCAGAUGGUAUUUGUCUUUGACACAAAAUUCCAACUAACUUGACUUUUGUUACUAAUGUUAUUGGGCAACACUAUUGAGCAAUUUCAAAACCAUAUAAUAUAAUAAGAUGCAACUGAUGUGACAAUGUAAAACUCAUUAUUUUUAUCACAAAUGUAGAGCCAAAGUUUUCAGGUGUCGGGAGACUGUGCUCUGUUAUGAUUAAUAAUAUUAUAAACCAUAACAGAGCACAGUCUCCUGACACCUGAAAACUUUGGCUCUAGAUUUGUGAUAAAAAUAAUGAGUUUUACAUUGUCACAUCAAUUGCAUCCAGGAGAAGGUCUGAAAAAAAAAAAAGGUUUUCGUAAGGAUGAUCACAUGACCUACAUCAGGGAAGCAAAAGAUACAAGCUUGAGAGGUACUUGUUAGUCCUGAGAUUUAUUGGCUUGGCACAUACAUUGUUGAUCUUUAAAAAUUUUGACCAUGGUAGUCAUCUGAUGCUAAUAGAAAUAAGCAGGUAAUGGCAUUAUACUUGAAGAUUUUUUUGGUUUGUGUUUUUUUACAGCCACUUCCAGAGAAGAAAUCAUUCUCAAAGCACUUUGAUAGAUUUAGUACAGAAUUUUUGAGGUCAAGACAAAUUGCUCUCAACAAGUUUGUCAGCAGGAUUGCAGAUCAUCCUGUGAUGUCUUUUAAUGAUAAUUUUCAUGUGUUUCUCACUGCAAAAACAUGGGUAAGUGCAUCUUGUUUAGUAAUAAAUUUGGCAUAAGUGCAGUGACAUGUUGAGAUACAGCGAGCUAGGACUAAACAGACUUUUAACAAAGCUGAUGCUUAAAGUCUCAAUUUUUGUCCUCUUUUGUGUUAAAUAUGUUGUGCAUGUAAACUGUACCUAGAAAUAUGUGAAUCGAAGGACCUCACACUGUGGAUGAUGUCAAGGCAGACACCAACCAAACUCAAUAGACUUAUAGCAAAGAGAUGAUCACAACUGAUGAUCCUAAUGGUAGUCCCAAGCGUUGCAAAUUCCAACAAAAUUAUGAACUCGCUUUUGCAAGGAACCAGCACAUUCUAUGUCAUCAAGUUGGUGUAUAAAUAGCCAAGCUUGUAAACAAUGCUGAGGCCGGGUACCUUACAGUGAAGGACUCUCAGUUGCUCAGAAAGCAGCUGUUCCACGGCUGUUACCAUGUACGGUAUCAUUAUCUUACUUUAUUUUGUUUUCUUUUUCAAACUUCAGGAACUUACAUCAGUUAAGAAGCAGAGCCCUGGCCUGAUGAGCAGAAUGAGUGAUUCAAUGAGGAACAUGGCAUCUUCAUGGAUGCUCAAAAACAGAGAACCAGAGUUUCAAGAAAUGGCUGAGUACAUCAAGACCUUCAGGGAAAAGAUGCUGGUUUUAGAAACUAUUUCUGAUAAGAUAGCAAAGGAUAGAUUUGGUAAAAAAAAGUGUGGUUAUUUGCUUUUACACUGAAAUGCUUCAUUUUUUGACAUUAUUUUAGAGUUGUUUUGCACCACAGAAUCAAUUUGUUGCUUAAUUUCAAACCUUUAACUUUCUAUGUAGUUUGUGACGAAGAAAAUCACUACAGACCAUACUUUGAGCCUUCUAGUGGAAGGUUAAGACUUUUGAUCUGUUUUUAAACUUGGAGUCAAGUCUUUGUUUUUGUAUUUGGAAUUUUGAAAAAGUAAAUAUAGUAAGUUACCACUCAUAACAUUUAUUUACUUCCCUGAAAGUAGAGGAAAUCCCUUUGCUACGCACCAUCUCCAGUCUAUAACAGCUGCAGUGUGUGUAUACGAAAUACUAAGGUUUCUAUUGAUGGGUAGAGGUAAUAUUGAAGUUAAAAUAAGCAUCGUCUUCACACCUUUAAUUUAGUCCUGUCUUAUUUUCUUGACACAGAUCUCCUUGAAGUGUAUACGGAGUACAUUCCAAUCUUCAACUUAUGGGCUGAUGCUGAAUCAAAACUGGUUGAUCCAUUGCAUGCCAUGGCAAAUGCUUUCGACAAGAACAGCUCAUCUCUCAAAACGCUGGUAAGAAUAAUAAUUGCAUAAAUUAAUUUUAGUUGUAAGUGCUGUUGAACCAUUGCUUCUGUCGCCAAGUCACUCAUCAAAGGUCAAUCAAACUUUACAAGGGUAAGGGAGGGGCGCCAGCCUUUGGGGCUGAUUACUUCCUAUCCUCUUUCACCUCUGCAGAGACUGGGAAUAAUAGAGGGGAAUCCUGCCCAUACCUUUAACCUUUACAUAAUUUGACCUCUGUUAGUUAUUUCGCUUUUUAAUAACAAUUCAUUUUCCUUUAGCUCAAGGCUCAAGAUCCAAGAUUUAUGGAACCAUUGCAUGAAUAUGUUCUCUACACAGAUGCUAUAAAGGUAUGAACUUGUAAAGAUAUGACAUCAGAUGUCAAGCUUUUGUACUGCACUGCCAGAAAGUUACCCUAAUCAACAAUCUCUUUUGUUAUGUUAAUAGAGCACUCUUAAACAUCGAGACACAAUUCAGAUGGAAUAUGAAGUAACAUUAGAAGAACUGUCAAGAAAAAAGGCUGAAAAAGAAGAGGUCAGGAAUAACUAUCUUAUUAUAAAACCCCUUAAUGCAAUGAAAUGGCUGAUGUGCCUUUGUUUCUUGUUUUAUAUCACAUUUUCUUUCUUCAGCUUUAGCUCUUGCCACAAAAUAAAAGUAGACUUGAGCAAAAUUACCUUAUGAUUUCACACAAAUAGGACAUCUGGAUUUCAAACCUCUCAAAGCUGCUCUUCAAUUAUUAUUAGAGUUGAAGCUGCUAAGCUGUGACCUUUGGACACAGUACUUUUAACACUUGUUGUCGGUUCUUAUAAACCAUUAAAUAAUGUUAGAAAUGCUCAUUGUCAUCAUUAUCAUCAUCUUCGUCCACAUAGUCAUCAUCAUCAUCAUCAUCAUCAUCAUCAUCACGUAAGUAAGCUUACACAGUUUUAGCCCAUCCUUAAAUCCCAGUUGACUAAUCAGCUUUUACCUCAUUUUGUAGUUGGACAAAGGGACUGGUGGUGGACGUUGGUUUGGUAAAGACACUGAACAGUCCAGGCAAGACAGACGAGAAAGAGUGGAUUCCAAUAUUGAAGAGGUAAGUGUUAGUUAUAUAUAACUGCAUUAUCAACUGGCAAAAUACAUUUUAUUUAGUUAGUGCAUAAACGUUAGCUGUGUACGUCUUUUUUUGUUCAUAGAAGUUGUAAAAAAUUUUUCACUGAAGUAUGUUUCUGGGGAAGCCAGGGUUGUCACUAAGAUUUCAAGUUGCUGAGUAAAUACAUCAAGUAGGCGGGGAAUCAAAUGGCUAGGGAUUUCUUUUGGUCCUGUUUUUCUUCUAUUUUCCAAUAAAAGUAGCCGGGGGCCACUCUCUUAGUAGCCGGGGAAAAUCCACAGCCCCCGGCUCUUAAUGACAACCCUGAGAAGCUCUGGAAGUUUACAUCCUGUAAAACAAUGUUGACUUAUUUAUGAUAAUAAUACUAGUGGGUGUCGGUAAAACGCUGACUCGAAGUAUAGAUCAGGAUUGUGGGCCAUUAUUUCUUUGUUCCAAUUCCUGUUCUACAUUUUUGUUAAGGGGAAAAACAGAAACAAAAACAAAAAAGAGGUUAGAGACAUUGUUGAGUUGUAUAGUCACAUGGUGUUAAAAAUGUUAAAAUGGUGUGGUGUUAAAAUGUGGUUUUUACUCUUGUUUUAGCUUUCAAAACUAGCUGAGUCUGGCAGUGAUCGUUUGGAGUGUGCUAAUGUUGAUCUCAAGGCAGACAUUGAACGAUGGCAUAAGAACAAAAUAACAGACUUCAGAGAACUGUUAACUGAGUACUCUGAGAGACACGCUAACUAUUACAAGGAGGUAAGGGUUUAAUAAAGCUUAAGUAUGUGUCUUUUUUUAAAGUAAAACUCUCAUUUUUUACCUCCUGGAUGAAAAGGUGCUAUAGUAACGGCUGUUCUCAGUAGGCUAGAAGUUUGUUAUUAGUUAUUGGUGCUACAGGUCGGCUUCAAGGCUGCUUCUUACUAACGCUUACAUUUUUUAAACUUUUUGUUUAGUGUUUGGCCGCCUGGCAGGAGGCUUUGAAAAUUGUAUCAGGUGGGAAACAAGACCAAGAACAAGAUGUUGAAGAUGUGUAGAAAAUAUGUUUAGAUAAACUGAUUUUAUAGUUAAACUAGGUAAAUAGAGGGUAUGGAGUAUGGAGGGCUGUAAGAUUUAAGGCAUGUCGUCUCUAGUCUGAAUUUCAAAAGUUGUCGUUUUCUGUAUUGAGGGGAAAGCCAUGCCCUUGUCGGAAUUUUUUUUACUAUUGUAUUCUACUCUUGUAUUCGUUGCUGUCGUAGUUUCAACCCUUUUAAUCUGUGGCGGUAUGUCUGUCCGGCGCUGUUUCAAGGCCAUCUCGCUUGUCAGUCGGGAUCUUACCUGGAUAACAGAGCCUCAAAAGAAACUGAGCCGGGUGCUAUACUAUUCGAUGAGAAAAGGAAACAUAAAUGAUUUAGUUUUAACAACUGAGCAGGUUUAUCAGAAGUUCAGUUUACUAACGUAAAAAGAUUUAACAGCUUAUUUUGGUCACAUUAGAUUGCGCAUGCUUAUCACGCAAAUUCAGAAGGUUAAUGAUAAGGUCAUUUUUCGGAAAUUCCAACCAAAAAUUAAGGACUACGUUUUGAAAUAGUUGUGUGCCAUUUACUCUUUUCUCGGUCGGUUCCAGUCUAGUUCUAUACACGUAGCAGUCAGACGGUAGAUCGCUUAUCAUUAUGCCGACAGGUUACCCACCCGGGUUUAUCAUUCAAAUAGUUGGUAUCCUGUGCUGAUUGAAGCGCGUAAUGUGAAAUGAAAUUCUAAUUGUUUGAAAAGCAGGGAGUACAUUUGAUUAAAAACGUUAAUUUGUAACCAUUUGGUUGCGACCCAAAGAAACGAUCAUGUCUUUCAUAGAAGAGUAGAAAGGCAAAAUUCAUGUUGUGGAAUGCAUUAUUACCAAACAAGCUUAUUACUCUCAGUUAUAUUCAUAUGAAGCAAGUUUCAAGUUUAUUUUCUUACGUAUAUAAAUUCAGUUUCAAGGUUAUUAGUAUUUCAUUUGCUAGCAUUGACAUGAAUAGAAUUUUAACAAGUAAAGUAGGUAAAUUUAUUAAUAAGUCGUCGGAAAUUUAACUGAAAAUAAGCUACCGUGCAAAUGAUCGGUAAUAAAGGUGUCAUUAUUUAAAAUAAGUCAAGAUCAUCAUCCUCUUGUUAUUCUGCCCCAGUCCUCUAUAGAGCUCUCGGUCGGGGGUUGCCAUUCCUUAUUCUUGCUUCUAUUCAUAGUGUUCAGUCAUUUAUUAGUUGACCCACACAGAGUAAAGCGGGGCCCUGAGCGCGUAAUUGUAUGUUUGUUUAAACGAC